GGGCCGUGACGUCAGCGCGGGGGGGCGUGGCCCCGCCGUAUAAAGCGGCGCGGCCGCCGCGAGCCCGUUCAUUCAUAAAACCGGACACCGGCGGCGGCACCGGCGCCCGGCCGAGGGGAUCGAGCGCGGCUCGGCGCGGAUUUACCGGCGCUCGUGGCGGGAACGGGGAUUCAUUCUGUACCGGGACAGCUCUGGGGGUUUUGGUACCGGAGCGAGCGGAGCCGGUCACGGAUGGAGCGGGGAGCGUGAGGGGGUUUGGAACGGAGCGCCGGAGAGCGGAACGGACGGUACCGGAGAUCGGCACGGACGCUACCGGAGCUUUUAGCGGACAACCGGAGCUGGACGCGAACGGUACCGGAGCUUAUAGCGGAUAACCGGAGCUUUUAGCGGACAACCGGAGCUGGGGACGGACGAUACCGGAGCUUUUAGCGGACAACCGGAGCUCGGGACGGACGCUACCGGAGCUUUUAGCGGAUAACCGGACGCACCGGAGCUCGGUACCGGCGAACCGGAGCUUGUAGCGGACGGUACCGGAGCUUUUAUCGCAUUACCGGACACACCGGCGCUCGGUACCGGAGCUUUUAGCGCACAGCCGGAGCGCGGCACGGACGCAGCGGAGCUCACAGCCGCUCAACCGGGGCACGCCGGACACUCACCGGAGCCUGACCGGCGCACCGACCCGAGCCGCCCCGUGAUGCCGCCGGCGCUAACGGCGUGACCCCGCAGCUUUGUGGCGGCGCGGCGGCCCCCGCGGCCCCGGGGCCAUGUUCCAGGGGUUCCCCGGGGAUUACGACUCGGGCUCCCGGUGCAGCUCGUCGCCCUCGGCCGAGUCCCAGUACCUGUCGCCGCUCGACUCCUUCGGGAGCCCGGCCGCCGCCGGGGCCGCGCAGGAGUGCAGCGCCCUGGGGGACAUGCCCGGCUCCUUCGUGCCCACGGUCACGGCCAUCACCACCACAGACCUGCAGUGGCUGGUGCAGCCCACGCUCAUCUCCUCGGUGGCCCCGGGGGCCGCCAUGGCGCAGCCGCCCCCGCCGCCCCCGGCCCUGGACCCCUACGAGCUGCCCGGGCCGAGCUACGGCGGCCCCGGCCUGGGCGGCGGCGGCUUCGGGGCGGCACCGGCACCGGCACCGGCACCGGCACCGGGAGGCAGAGCCCCGAGGGCACGGGCGCGGCGGGGCCGCGAGGAGACGCUGACCCCCGAGGAGGAGGAGAAGCGCCGCGUGCGGCGGGCGAACAAACUGGCGGCGGCCAAAUGUCGCAACCGGCGCCGCGAGCUGACGGACCGGCUGCAGGCGGAGACGACCAGCUGGAGGAGGAGAAGUGCCGAGCUGGAGUCGGAGAUCGCCGAGCUGCGCAAGGAGAAGGAGCGCCUGGAGUUCGUGCUGGUGGCGCACGCCCCGGCCUGCAGUCCCUUCGAGGACGUCGGCGCCGCCGCGGCCGCC